UAAAAAUCAAUCCCGAAAAUUUAAAAUGGCUUACCACGAUACAGUUGCUCCGAAGAGAGAUGUUCAGAGAAUGCAGUUUGGAAUUCUGAGUCCGCAUGAAAUUCUUCAAAUGUCCGUUACGGAUGAUGGCGGGAUAAAAUAUCCCGAAACUGUAGAAGGGGGGCAUCCCAAGAUAGGCGGAUUGAUGGAUCCGCGUCAAGGCGUAGUUGACAGAACAAGCAGAUGCUUGACGUGUGGGGGGAACAUGGCGGAAUGUCCGGGUCAUUUCGGACAUAUUGUUCUCUCGAGACCAGUUUUCCAUGCAGUAUUCUUGCCGAAGAUCAUUAAAGUUAUGAGAUGUGUUUGCUUCAACUGUUCCAGAUUGCUCGUUGAUCCGGAAUCCCCAAAAAUGAAGGAAAUAUUAGGCAAAACUAAAACGGACUUUCGUCGCAGACAGAACCUGGUGUACGAUCUCUGCAAGGUGAAGACCAUUUGUGAAUCAGCUGGUGGAGAUAGAGCCAGGAAGGAAGGAGAAGAAGAAACAGACGCUGUUAUUACAGGUUGUGGAUUUCAUCAACCGAAAAUAAAAAGGACGGGUUUGGAACUGACUGCAGAGUGGAAGGUCUUAAAUGACCAGCAGCAAGAAAAAAUGAUUGUGCUGACAGCCGAACGCGUUCAUGAGAUUUUCAGCGCGAUCACUGACGAGACGUGCACGUAUUUAGGAAUGGACGCCAGGUACGUACGACCUGAUUGGAUGAUUGCGACCAUCUUGCCAGUGCCUCCACUGCCUGUUAGACCGUCUGUCCUCAUGUUCGGAUCAGCUAGGAGUCAGGAUGACAUAACACACAAACUGGGCGACAUUAUAAAGAUCAACAACCAAUUGAAGCGCAACGAAGAGCAAGGAGCUGCGGCUCACAUUUUAGCUGAAAACAUUAAAAUGCUUCAGUAUCAUGUGGCUACCAUGAUUGACAACGAAAUGCCCGGACUACCUAGGGCCACUCAGAAAAAUGGUCGUCCGUUGAAAUCAAUCAAACAGCGUUUGAAGGGCAAGGAAGGUCGUGUCCGUGGCAACCUCAUGGGAAAGAGAGUUGAUUUUUCGGCGAGGACAGUUAUUACACCAGACCCCAUGUUGAAGAUUGAUCAAGUUGGCGUUCCCAGAUCAAUUGCCGCAAACCUCACCUAUCCAGAGCUGGUCACCCCCUUCAACAUUGAUAGGUUGACUCACCUGGUGCACAGAGGGCCCAACCAGUACCCUGGAGCUAAGUACAUAAUUAAGGAGAAUAAUGUUCGCGUUGAUCUAAGAUAUCAUCCUAAACCAUCUGAUCUACAUCUUCAAAUUGGGGACACGGUUGAGCGUCAAAUGCAAGACGACGAUUACGUGAUCUUCAAUCGUCAGCCCACAUUGCACAAGAUGUCCAUGAUGUGUCACAAGGUCAAAGUAUUGCCUUAUUCCACAUUUAGACUAAACCUCAGUGUCACAACCCCAUACAAUGCCGAUUUUGAUGGCGACGAAAUGAACCUCCACCUUGCUCAGUCUCUGGAAACAAGGGCAGAGAUCAGUCAGCUGGCAUCAGUUACAAGGAUGAUCAUAACUCCACAAGCCAACAGACCUGUUAUGGGUAUUGUACAAGAUUCCCUGACCGCUGUUAAUAAAAUGACUAGAAGAGAUUCAUUUAUUAGCAAGGAAGACAUGAUGAACCUUCUCAUGUACAUACCACACUGGAACGGAAAAAUGCCUCAACCGGCGAUUGUGAGACCCGAACCCCUCUGGACCGGCAAGCAACUUUUCUCCCUCAUAAUUCCCGGCCAGAUAAACUGCAUACGUACUCACAGCACGCAUCCCGACAAUGAAGACAGGGGACCGUACAAAUGGAUCUCACCCGGGGAUACGAAAGUAUUGGUUGAGAAUGGACAACUACUUAGUGGAAUUCUGUGCAAGAAAUCACUUGGACCUAGUUCUGGAUCACUUCAGCAUAUUAUUUACCACGAAUUGGGUCACGAAGCAACAGCAGAUUUUUACUCGCACGUUCAAAUGGUCACCAAUCAAUGGCUUCUUGUUGAGGGACACAGCAUUGGUAUAGCAGACACAAUUGCAGACUCUAAAACAUAUGCGGAUAUCCAAUCAGCUAUUAUGGCAGCCAAAGCUGAUGUAGCUGCUGUCACUGAAAAAACAUACAUUGGUGAACUGGAACCAACUCCAGGUAACAGUCUCAAACAAACCUUUGAAAAUCAGGUCAAUCGUAUCUUAAAUGACGCAAGAGACAAAACAGGCAGUUUGGCUCAGAAAUCUUUAUCAGAGCUUAACAAUUUUAAAUCAAUGGUAGUUGCUGGAUCAAAGGGAAACAAGAUCAAUAUUUCACAAGUCAUAGCCUGUGUAGGGCAACAAAAUGUAGAGGGCAAACGUAUCCCUUUCGGUUUCCGUGAUCGGACUCUUCCUCACUUUAUCAAAAACGAUUAUGGACCUGAAAGUCGAGGUUUCGUUGAAAAUUCUUACCUGGCCGGACUCACGCCUACUGAAUUUUACUUCCACGCGAUGGGCGGUAGAGAAGGAUUGAUCGAUACCGCUGUCAAAACUGCUGAAACUGGUUACAUUCAGCGCCGUCUCAUCAAGGCCAUGGAGAGCGUGAUGGUCAAAUACGACGGUACAGUUAGAAACCAAGUUGAGCAGCUCAUCCAGUUGCGCUACGGAGAGGAUGGUUUAGCGGGCGAGUGGGUGGAGUUCCAGAAUCUGCCAUCUCUCAAACCGUCUGACAAGGCAUUUGAGAGGGAAUUUAAAUUUGACCCAAAUAACGAAAAGAAACUGAAGCGCUGUUUAUAUGAAGAUGUCUUGAGAGAUAUGCAUCGUGAUGCAAACUUUUCAUUCGAGAUCGAACGGGAGUACGAACAACUGCUCGAUGACCGCAUGGCAGUCAGGCAGAUAUUUCCAAACGGAGACAGUAAAGUUGUCCUUCCGUGUAAUCUUCAACGAAUGAUUUGGAACGCGCAAAAACUUUUUAAAGUAAGCCCUAGGAGGCAGUCAGAUCUUAAUCCUUUGAAAGUUAUAAGAGAUGUGCGCGAACUCAGCAAGAAAUUCAUGAUCGUGAAGGGAGAGGAUAGGCUGAGUAAGGCCGCCAAUACUAAUGCUACUCUGCUCAUGAAUAUAUUAAUGAGAUCUACGCUAUGCUCUAAGAAGGUCAUUGAAGAAUUUCAUCUCUCCUCUGAAGCGUUUGAUUGGCUCAUCGGUGAAAUCGAGACGAAGUUUACCCAAGCUCAAGUUGAACCGGGCGAGAUGGUGGGUGCACUUGCCGCCCAGUCCCUCGGCGAACCUGCCACUCAGAUGACUCUCAACACUUUCCACUACGCGGGAGUGUCCUCGAAAAAUGUAACUCUGGGUGUUCCUAGAUUGAAAGAAAUUAUAAACGUUUCCAAGAAGCCCAAAACUCCUUCGUUGACUGUUUUCCUGACUGAACAAGUUGCUAAGGAUGCUGAGAAAGCAAAAGAUGUUCUCUGUCAGUUGGAGCAUUCGACUUUGAGCAAAGUCGCAUCCGGCUCUGCAAUUUUCUAUGAACCCGACAUUAAGCAUUCAACUAUGCAGGAAGAUCAGGAAUGGGUGGACAUCUAUUACGAUCUGCCUGAUGUCGACAUAAGCCGCCUAUCGCCAUGGCUGCUGAGAAUUGAGUUGGAUAGGAAGAAAAUGACGGAUAGAAAACUAACAAUGGAGCAGGUGGCGGAGAAAAUCACAGCAGGUUUCGGCGAGGAAUUGAAUGUCAUCUUUAAUGACGACAACGCAGAAAAAAUGGUUCUUAGGAUCAGAUUGUUAAAUAAGGCAAAUGGCAAAGAUAUUGUGGAAGAGAUAGCUGAAGAUCAGCCUGACAAAAUGACAGACGACAAUUUUCUCAAACUCAUUGAGACCAACAUGUUGAAUGACCUGACAUUACAAGGAUUCAACAACAUUUCAAAAGUGUACAUGGUGCAGCCAACGACAGACGACAAGAAACGCAUCAUCAUUGACGAAAAAGGCGAAUUUCGAGCUUUGAGGGACUGGAUACUGGAAACUGAUGGCACCGACUUGAGCACUGUAUUAGCGGUUGAGAAUGUAGACAAAGUUCGAACAGUAUCCAAUGACAUUGUAGAAAUUUUUAAGGUCCUGGGAAUCGAGGCAGUACGUAAAGCGAUUGAACGCGAGAUGAACAACGUCAUCUCUUUUGACGGCUCUUACGUCAACUACAGACACCUCGCUCUGCUCUGCGACGUCAUGACGGCCAAAGGUCACCUGAUGGCCAUAACUCGUCACGGGAUCAACAGGCAGGAGACUGGUGCACUGGCUCGUUGUUCUUUCGAAGAAACGGUUGACAUCUUAGUCGAAGCAGCAGCCCACUCAGAGAUGGAUCCGAUGAAAGGAGUAUCAGAAGCCCUAAUGCUCGGACAACUGGCUAAAAUCGGAACUGGAUGUUUUGAUAUGAUGUUAGAUGCAAACAAGUGCUUCGGCGGAAUUGAGAUUCCUGGCGCAGUUCCAUCAGAAAACAUAAUAAGUAGGGGCAUUUACGGUCUGGCACCAAUGCCUCCAGGUGGUGCAACCCUGUUGAGCAGUAAACAAAUGACCCCAUGGGAAAAUAGGAACGCUACCACUCCAGUCUAUGGCUGUUUCUCACCAGAUGGAAGCUUGUCACCGGAAUAUUGUGCUGGGUUCUCUCCCAUACAGAACGGCGGAUUCAGCCCGAGUUCACCGUCACGUAUACCGACAUCACCUAGUGAAUACGGCAGAAGUCCUAGUUAUUCACCUGGACAUGACGGAUUUUCAAUCCCAUCCAGUCCCGGCUAUGCCUCGGCAUCGCCCUACUAUCCACUAUCCUCACCCUUCAGUUCACCAUCCUACGUAUCUUCACCAUCCUAUUCCCCGCCAUCACCUGGAUAUUCUCCGCCUUCUCCCUUACAUCAAUAA